AUGUUUGCUAGUAGCUUCAGUAACGUCCGCCGAUUCCGCAAGGCCUUCAACCUCGCUCCAUUCCAGACGCCCAUGGGCGACGACCUGGAGGCCCACGGUAUGGAUGUCGACAUCCCUUCCACGCCGAGCACAGCAAAGGCAUCUGUCCGCACAUCCGACGUCGCGAAUGAGAGCAUGCCUGGCCCCUCCGUCGGUGAUCGCGAGAAGCUCAUGGCACAGAGGCGAGGGCAGGGAGUGGGCGAGCCUCGUACACCCGAGCGCAAGCGGGGUGCUCUCCAGCCUCCUUCCGCCCCGAGGAAGAGGCGCUUGCCGAAGGGCACUCUGUGGGACCUUCCUGAUUUCAAGGUGUGUUCUUUCACCGCUACGCAUCUUACCGCUCUCAUGCCGUGCAUCAACGCCUUCUUCGCGUCGGUCACGCCAAAGCCGACUGUCCGCAAGUUCGACCUUGUGGACGCCGCCGCCGCCAGCCCCAACGUCGACGACUCUGAAGAGCCCAUGGCCAAGAGGCGACGAUGGGGAGCGGGAGAACCUUGCACGCCCAAGCUCAAGUCGCUCAACGUCCAGACUCCUCCAGCCCCGAAGAAAGGGUUCGGCAUCAAGGUCCUGCGGUCAAGCAUCGACCAGCUCAUCCCGCGCUUCAUCCGGAAUAGUGUCACGAAACAUCAACGUCGUCUCCAAGUCAAAGCUUACGGUCCCCGUCCUCAGCGCCAGGCUCUCCCGCGUGACGCCCCUUCCGUCGCCUACGACAAGGCCAAGAGGCCUCGGGUCUAUCACGUCCAAGAGCGCGAGGCUAGCAAGCACACAGCUCUGGAGCAACAGCAGUUCUAUGAGGCUAUGGCUUCUCUCAAGGCGAAUCUGGACCUCACGGAGAUCGUUCGAGACGAUGCGAUGGACAACAUGGAGCUCGAUCAUGAGGUAGAGAUCGUGGACGACGAGUGCAUGGUCGUCGACGAUGAGGACGUGGAGAUGACUGAUACGGGCCAGACCAUGAACGCAGAUGACGAUGUUCAACCAAUGGAGGAUCAGCGCCAAGAGCUUUCUGCGUCUCUUCCGUACACCGAGGCUGCCGUCGCGGCUGAACAGCCGCGGGCCGCCAUCGUCGAUGAAGAGCUGCAGAUCCCGCAAUCCGUCGUCGCUGCCAAGGAGCAACAGACCACUUUCGACGCCAUGGACCACGUCGACGACGACAUUCGGCAACUGUCGCCCGGUUCUUCUAGUCCGAGGGUUAUAUUCCACGGAGUAUCCAGCGACCUCACCGUGGCUGAUGCUCAGGGCUACGCCUCAGCAGCGACGACCAGGUUGACACGGUGCCCUGUACGGGAGCCUAGCAUACCACUCCCUCAGCUGCAAGUUCGCAUUCUCGCACGACAUCACUACCUGGCAUUUCAAACACAUCUUCUCCGCCGCCGAUACCACAUUCCCGGCUACAUGCUCAAGUCUCAUGCCUCACCUCCAUCUAUACUGCUCCCGUGCUGCCUCUCAUCAAGCCUACGGUUCUCGCCCUCUUCCGCUCCCUCGUCCAGCAACAUUCCAUGCUCAAGACCUUCGACGUCCGCCCCUGAGGAACGGAUCUUCUUCGUGAUAUCGCACGAGCCAUAUGAGGUUCUGCAACUCACGAAGCAUACGUUCCUGGCCGCGCGCAUUCGGCUCCUUCGCCCCGGGGUCCACCCUGCCAGUGCUGGGCCGCGCGUGCUCUGGAGAUGUUGA